AUGAGCCGGUCGGCUCCAGCGCGCACCGCCGACAACGACUCGUCGUACUGGACCGUGGAGAGCGCUGACGUCGGUGGGCUGGAGACAGGCGACAAUGACGCGAGUGUGGCGGCUGGAGGCGAAAUUGAUGGUCUGGAUGAGCUCGAGUUCUCAUGCUCGCCGUUUGUUCCGCACAAGGCGUUGCACACCGCUGAGGCUAAUCUCGGCCAAGCUGAGGCUGCGCUCUUCUCCGUCUCGCUUUCGCCGUCGCCGGCAGCACAUCCGCAGUCUCGGCUGCAAGGCGAGCCCGAGCUGGAGCUACAGCCGCGCGAUUUGUCGCCGCCACCGCUCCCGCCCGGCGACAACGGGUCGUCGCCACCUGCUGCUGCCACUCGUCCGGCGGCAAAUGUCGCUGGUGGUGCGUGUGACAACGCCGCUGUAGCAUACGGCACCCUCGGUCAGAUUGGCACCCUCGGGCCGAACGAGCUGUUUGGCGUCUCGUCGUCGGGUGAGGGCGACGGCGGGCGGGCCGGUACCUUUGGCCGCGGCACCGGUGGCGAGCGGUCGCAAACCCCGUUGGGCUCGGGCGCGUCAGCGGUAGCUCGGGCUGCUAUGCUGCGCGGCGGCAGUAGGACACCGGCGGGCCGAACUGGGACCUUUGGCUCGCGCCCGCCCGCAGGCCGGACUGGAACCUUUGGCUCGCGCCCGAAUGCCGCGUCGACGGCGGCCACGCCGCUCUCGCCGCAGGACCAGGCCCGCGCUAACGCGCUUGCACGCAUUCGUGCAGAGAAGCAAGCCAAGGCGCUAUCGCCGGGUGCCUCGCCGGGUGCCUCGCCGGGUGUCUCACCGGGUGCCUCGCCGCCGAUCUCGCCACGGCCGACGCCUGUGACGGCUGCUGGAGGGACGCGGCCGGCGCUGACGGCUGCACUGACAGUACUCGAGGACCGCGAGAAAAUGCUCAACCAGCUGCAGGCGGUGCACGAGGCACUGGUCCGCGAAAAAGUCUUUGCGCGCGAGAUGGAGCUCCUUGUCGACGGCUUUGGGCGGAAGCUCGGCGGGCAUGGCAUGCUGACGCCCAAGGAGCACAUGCUUGUGUUCUCGAUGUUUGAGCCGAUUCUGGCGUUGGCGCGAAGCCUUGUCGAUGUGCUGAUGAAGUACAGGUCGUCGCCGGAAGGAGUCGAAGAGUUUGGCGCGCAACUGGCGGCGAACCUGUCGAUGGCGUACCGGUCGUACGUGACCUCGCACAUCAAGGCGAUUGCCACGCUCAUGUCGAGGUGUGAGGAGCACGAGACGCUCUCGGCGCGAGUCGAGCACCUCGAGGACUCGCUCGGGGCCUUUCUCGUUAUUCUUCUUGUGCGGCCGGUCCAGCACCUGCGGCGGUAUCCGCACAUGGUGCGAAACCUGAUUCGGGCGGGUGGCGACGGGCCAGCCACGGCCGGCCUCCGGACUGCGCUUGACUCUGUCCAGCAGACGCUGGGCGUUUUUGAGGAGUCAAUCAAGCGGGCCAAUGCGCGGCUGAAGCUCGAGUCGGUGGCCGCGGUCAUUGACGCAUCUGAUGCACUCAAUCUCGUCUCGCCGCUGCGUCGCUUUGUUCGCGCCGGCUUUAUGCGCAAGUUUAACCGCGGGCGGGCGCAGAAGCGGCACUUUUUCCUUUUCAACGACCUCCUCGUCUACUGCAAGGCCAAGCUCAAGGCCGGCAAAUGGGUGUGCCAGGGCUCGAUCCCGCUCGCCGAAGCCGUGGUCGCCGACGUGCCGCCGAGCAAGCGGCCGUCGACCCACUUUUACCUCACGCGCAUCGGCGGCAAGCGGUACGAGCUCGACGCCGCCUCGUCGCUGGAGAAGAAGCUGUGGAUGGAUGCGCUCAAGAAGUGCAUCAAGGACGCAGAGUCGUCAGUUGUUCAGCAGUACGAGUACGAGACCGGGAGCGGAUUCAGCCGUGACGAGUCAACAGGCUCGAUCCACGCCGACGCCUCGGCAGCAGCCUCGGGCGCGCCAAACGCCACUGUGGGCACGGGUUCGGCGCCAGUCCUUGUCUCGCCGCGCGGCGGUGAUGACGACGACGACGACGAAGUCGAUCCCGAGCCCGAGCCCGAGCCUGAGGCUGGACCAUUGCCGCUGGUUGGGGAGUUUGCGACUGCUGCGACGACCGCGCCCGACUCGCGUGACCUGGACGCAAUGAUCCAGGCCGAGGUCGAAUUCCAGAUGACCAAGCUUGACGCGACCGAUGUGCGGACGUGGGCGGCGGUGGAUGUAGGUGUGUGGCUCGAUCACAUCGGAUGCGGUGAGUUUUCGGAUGCGUUUGUGGAAAAGGGCGUGGACGGGACAGCGCUCGGUGUGCUUGACGAGGAUAUUGUGCGGCUGCUCGGGGUGGAGGACGAGGCACAGGUUGAUGCUAUUCUCUCUUACUCGGCAUCGAUGACCGGGCGGUCUCCUUCGAUCCUCAAGCUGACAUCAUCGCAGUCGCGGUCGUCGCUGAUGCUGAAGCUCAAGCAUGGACGCAACUCCAUGUCGACGUCGGCCGGCGAGGCGGCGCUCCUGCAGCGCAAGAUGAUGCAGUCGCGGCGGACGUCGGUCAUUGACUCGCUUGGCACCGACGAGUUUGGUAAGCUCGACGCGGCACUCGCGGCUGCAGCGGCAGCGGCGGACGAGCCCGCAUCGGAUGCACCAUCGCCAAUGCCGUCGUCCCGGGCCGCCGACUCGCCGUUGGCGCGCAACCACCAGGUCCGGCUCUCGUUCGCCUCGCUCGGCAACGUCGGCUCGAGCUCGCUCCGCGAGUCUGAGAACAUCAUGAAGCAGAUCUUUGGCGACGAUCUGGUACUGGUCGACCCGUGCGCUGGCUUCUGAGACUACGUGCUCGAACAAGCCGGUGGCGGUGACGUUGAUGUGGACCUGGCUAGCAGCUAGCCUCGUUCAUUGGCUUACUCGCACUCAGUCACCUCUUCGACGUGCUGGCCGUGGAGGACACGGGCAACAAGCAAGAGUGCAGUGUACCACACGACGAUCGGUCGGACAGAGCCGGGGAGCGGGGGGCGAGAGAGGCCGAGCUUGGUACGCAGCUCAGCAAGAUGCACGGCAAAGGUAUCAGGAACAACAUCGUUGCGGCGGGCCUUGGACUCGGCCCACGACGAGGCGAGCAGCAUGUCCCACGCCGUGCCCUUGGCGGGAAGAUGCGGCUCUGAAGCGCGAUGCGGGAACAUGACGUUGUCGAUAAACAGCAGCCGCGGCAUGACAA